AUGGCAAGCCAUGGCGUUCGUCGCUACAAGAUCACGGAGAAGACUCCAGAAGAAAAGGAGCGUGAGCUGAGGAAGAUCAAUGAAUACAAGUCCCUGGAACGCCAGGUCGCGGAAAAGGUUGGUCCAUGCCGCAUCGCUGCUUGCUGCGUGACCGCAAAAGAAUAUUCAGCCGAAACACUCCAGGAGAUUUCCGACUUGUUGAGUCGCAACCCUGAGUACUACACGGUCUGGAAUUAUCGGCGUCAAGUUCUUCAACACCGCUUUUCAAAGGAAGAGCUAUCGAGCAGCGAGAUCGCAGAGCUUAUUAGUGACGACUUGACGUUUCUCCUGCCUUUAUUGCGCAGCUUCCCUAAAUGCUACUGGAUCUGGAAUUACCGUGUAUGGCUUCUGGAUGAAGCAAGACGAUUGCUUCCCUUGGACAUGUCUCGCCAAUUUUGGCAGCAAGAGCUUGCUCUCGUCAGUAAGAUGUUGACUUUGGACAGUCGCAACUUUCAUGGCUGGGGCUAUCGGCGUUUAGUGGUCAGCACCUUGCAGCAGAUAGGGACUCCCACAGAAGCUGCCAGCCUGUCAAAGCAGGAGUUCGAAUACGCAAAGAAGAUGAUCGGAGCCAACCUGUCCAAUUUUUCCGCGUGGCACUAUCGCACAAAGCUCAUCCUUCAGCUGCUCGAAGAGCAGUCGGCCAGUGAUGAGGAGCGAAGAAGGAUGUUGAACGAUGAAUUGGAACUGAUCCAUCAAGCUUUGAUCGACCCUUACGACCAAUCUCUAUGGUUCUAUCACCAGAACUUAAUGUGCGUGUUUGAUCCAACGCUUGCGCCUCGGACGAUGGCGCCGAACCUCAGCGUCUCAGAGCGCGUUGAAUAUCUUCGUAAUGAGAUUGUCUACAUUGAGGAGAUGCUUGAUGGAGCUGAGGACUGCAAGUAUAUCUACCAAGCCUUGAUCGAGUGUAUGCUCUCGAUUGCAAAGGUGGUCGGACAGCUUUCCACAGAAGACCGAUCACAAAUAUUGAGCUGGCUCUCGGAAGUAAAGCAGCUUGACCCAUUGCGGAAGAAUCGUUGGUUGGACUUUGAGAAAACCCUUGCAACAUUAUGA